AUGGCUACAGGUGCCAGCGGGAUCCCCAGUGCCACGCCACAAAAGCGUACGGCAGCACAGGAUGAGGUGGACAGAUCAUGCCAGAAGGUGCAGUUCCAGCAGAUAUUUGCAUCGCGCAAGGGCUCCCACUACAUACAGAUCCAGACUAAGGAGACUACUGAGCAUACCGGCACGCCAGACCAGAACAGAGCCAGCCAGGCCAUUGAUGAGCUGGAGCGGUUUUACCAGGAACAGCAACGGCAGACCAGCAAUGUCAUCCAGGCCGGGGAGCACGAUGAAGCCAACCCAUGGCUGCGGCGGACCAGAUGGCCGGUGUACUUGACCAACAUCGCACCCAAUGAUCUGGUCAACUGCGUCCAGCGGCCCGAGGAUGACACCACGUGCCCAGAUGAACUGGCCGCGAGGGCUAUCUGGGAGGCCAUGGGUCAGGUUGCCCGUACCAGCCAGCGAGUCAUCACACGGCUGGGCCACUUCGUCCGCAUCGAGGCCAUCCGCACAGAGCGACACCAGACCCGGCACACCCCGUUGCAGGCGUACAUGGACGAGGAGAGCAUCGCCGAGCACGUGAGGCCAUGGCAGCAGAUGUUGAUGUUUUUCGCCCGAACGCAGGUCGAGCAUGAAUGGACGAGCGCACAGUACCGGUUCACACCACGGCAGCGCAAGACAUGGAGGGUAUUAUGGCAGGUAGCCACCACAGAGGGAGCCGACCAGCGACACUCCAUCAGCCCAGACCCCAUGGAUGAGCAGAUGACUGAGGAAGAAGAAGAGGAGGAGGUGGUGGAGGAGGAGGAGGAGAAGAGACAGAGAGAUACCCAGUCAGAAGAAGAAGAUAAGUUCAAAUUAGUCAAGAUUCAGAUGGCAUGUUUGGAUUUUUGCAUUGAGCUGCUGAACCAACACGUUGGCGGUGCUGGGACGGGGGGAGUAUGGAUGGUGCGACGCGAAGAGCUACCCACCAAUAUUGUCACGGAUCAAGAAGAAGAUAAGUUCAAAUUAACCAAGAUGCAGAUGGCAUGUUUGGAUUUUUGCAUUGAGCUGCUGAACCAGCGGGUUCAGGUGGAGGAUUAUGAGUGCGCGCUGGUAGACGCGUUGGCGGUGCUGGGACGGGGGUUGUAUGGAUGGUGCGACGCGGAGAGCUACCCACCAAUGUUGUCACGGAUCAUCAAGGUGGCACGGUUCAUGGUGGUGCACAAGGCGCUGCGACUGGACGCCAAUGCAUCCGACAUGCUGGCCAGGAACCAAGCAAGCCAGAUGGUGGGAGAGUGGGCCGUGGUGAGCCCCAUGGAGGAGGCGGAUUACACGUUCACAGGCAACCAGAAUGAAGGAAAGCAGCGAUCGUUUCAGGAAUGGCUUGAGCUGUUCAUGGAGGCAUUCAUGGUCCGCGGCACACACAGUCCCAUGCAGUGGAUGCUGGACCUGCGCACGUAUGGAUUGAAGGUGCACUACAGCAACACCACACCCGGCCACGUCGGCUGGAUGGGAGGGGAUGAGCUGCUGUACAAGGACAUGCACUUCACCAUGGGCGACUUCCGGGGCUUCACACACGGGCUGGUGGGAGCGACGAGGCGGAUCCUGCGGGAGGAGUUGUUGUUUGAGAAUGAGCUGAAUGGACAGCAGCCACCAGCCAUCCCAUGGUCCACGAUGCGGGAUGACCCCACCCAGGGAGGGACGGGGUGGAAUUUUUUAAAGGACAGCCGCACGCGGUGGCCUGUGGAUGGGGCACAGUGGUUGAUGCAGCAGAUGCGCAUACAGCCCGGGAUGCAGCGGCGGUUCAUCCAGCGAGAGCACAGCGACCGGCCCCGUUUGGCAAUCAAGGCGAUCAACGCAUACCUGCGCUGGGUGGUGAGAUUCCGGGAGAAGCUGAGCGUGGCGGUGCAUGUCACGGCGGGCCAACCGGCACGGGCGCCCGAGCUGCUCAGCGUCCGACACAUCAACACCGAGAACGGGGGCCACCGCAACAUAUUCAUAGAGGAUGGGAUGGUGGUAUUCGUCACGCGGUACCACAAGGGGUUUCAAGCAUCCAAAGACAUCAAGGUGAUCCACCGGAAUGUCCCACAGGGAGGUCGGGGAACUGGUGGUGUG